GGUGUAUUCAUGACGUCAUGAAAAUUCAUAGAUACCUCGGCGUUAUUGAAGCUGUUCUGGUUCUGUUUUAAGCACGCCAUUAAUAACAGCCCACUUCGAAUGCUACAACCAUUUUCAUGUCACUUUCAUAUCUACACCUACUGAAGGUCAUUUAGACAUUCACUUCCAAUGAUUCUCUAGGGUAUAUUACAUCAAAACAGAAUGUCCAGCACGUCCCCAACCGAUCUCAAAGCCAUGAAGGCUUGGAUCUACAAUUCAACGAGCGGCGGAUUACAAAACAAUAUCAAAUCAGUCGACGAUGCUGCAUUGCCAUUCAAACAACCAUUUCCAGACGACGGAAUCCUUGUGAAAGUCCAUUACAGCGCUCUUAACCCAGCCGACUACAAGUUCCCCGAACUCGGCCUUGUAGGACGCGCUGUAAUGCCCACUCCAGCAUCGCCAGGAUUGGACUACUCAGGUGUUAUCGCACAACUUGGUAGCGCCGUAGAGGGUUUCAAAGUAGGCGACAAAGUCUUCGGUAGGAUUACACCAAACAGGUUCGGCACGCUAAGCGAAUACGUACUUGCACGGGUGAGCGGAUGCGCGGUGUUACCCGAGGGCGUGUCCCUUCAGGACGCAAGCUGCAUUGGUACCGCCGGGCAGACAGCCUAUCAAUGCAUUGUUCCAAACGUUCAGAAAGGGGAUAAGAUAUUCAUCAACGGCGGCAGUGGUGGAACCGGCACAUUCGGGAUUCAAAUUGCGAAGGCAAUUGGUUGUUACGUGACGACGAGUUGUUCAGGGAAGAACGCAGAUUUCUGUCGCAAUUUGGGAGCCGACGGGGUUAUCGACUACACCACAGAGAACGUCAGCGAGGUCCUAAAAUCUAAGGGCCAGGUUUACAAGCUAGUCGUUGACAACGUCGGUAGUACGCCGACAGAUCUCCAUAAGGCUGCAGAUCACUUUCUUCUCCCGGAUGGCAAGUUUGUGCAAAUUGGUGGCCAGUUCACUCUAGCCGAUAUAAACACUAUUUUAUCGAGGCGCUUCUUGCCUUCGUUCCUAGGAGGCGGCAAAAGGAAGUGGGAAUACCUCGUUACGGAAGACAAACACGAGCAGCUCGAACAAAUCGGGAAAUGGAUGCAAGAAGGCAAAGUUAAGGCCGCUAUAGAUGAGGUAUUCCAAUAUGAAGAUGUACCGAAAGCCUUUGAGAAGUUGAGACAGGGGCGAGUAAAGGGAAAGAUAGUAGUCAAGGGGUCGGUGUAAGGUGGGAGAUGAGGAAGGUAUCAAUUGAAACGAGAAUCUUGGGAUUGAGGUAACAUAUUAAUGAUUCAAGGUCUACAAAUUAUGGGAAGGUUAAUCUUUCGACAUCCAUAGCCACAAACGAACAACAGAUAUCAUAUCUCUCUGCUCUACCUAAAAUAAUUUGAGUAUGGAAAAAGAAAAGGGACAUGGCCAAGGCCGAUGGAUGUUGCAUCAUAGAAGUAUAUGAGUUGACCCGGCAUCCUGUACUUCCGGUAAUAUGUCGCCGAAAGAAUUGCGCAUGCGAGCGUGGAGAUAGCGGUAUUUCCAAUGGCAAAACGCUGGUAAGAUGGUAUCUCGGACGAUGGUACGGAUCCAAAUGUGACGAACGUGAUAGACUGUAGCAUCAGUAUUGGAAUAUUCUAACUGCGCUGUGUGAAAAAUGGGAAAUAGAACCGCCAGAAGAUUUGCGCGAAAGCGACCUUUGAAAGUUGGUCCGGUACUGCUAGGCCUC